AGAAAAUAAAAAUAAUACAAAAGAUAAAAUUAUAAAGAAAAAGAGAGAAGAAAAGCACAAAGAGUGUGAUAUCUCAUUUGCGUCGGCGCGAAAGCACAUUUUACACAAAAAAAUUUCUGGGUUUGUUAAAUAAAUUUAUACAUGUACAUAUAUCUAUAAAAAUAUAUAUAAUAGUAGUUGGGGUAUAUUCGUCAGGUUCGUCAGUGUGGCAUUUACAAGAGUGGAGGGCCAAGCCGUUAGCACCGUUCAACGCCAUAUUGGCAAUCGUUUAUCCUCAAAAUAAAUAUUUAAAAAAAAACAUUAUUCAAUCAAUCAAUCAAUUUUAAAUAAAUAAAUAUAGUUGUAAUAAAAGUGCAUGUGAAAUUAAAAACUGGGUUGGCCCCCGCGCAAACAACAGCGCCAAUUUUUCUUUAUUUUUUUUUUUUUUUUUUCUUCUAAUAUCUUAUUAAAAAAUUGACAAUUAUUAUGAAGAAAUACACUCAAGGGUUCAUAUAAUUCAUUAUAUUCCAUCAUUUUCAUUGUGAUCCUCUUUAAGUAUAUAUUUCAAGCUCAAUGUAAUUCUAAAAUUACCAAAUAAUCCUUAAAAUAAAAAAGUAAUAUAAAUAAUUUUUUAAAUUUUUUAAUUUGAAAAAAAAUGACACAAUCGUAUUUAUAAUAAUUGAUAUAUAUUAAAAAUAUUUUUCAAGUCUCAAUGAUGAUUGAUUAAUUUGACAAAACAUUAGAGUGCUCAGUGAUAUUCUAUUUUUGAAUUUUCGAUUAAAUAAAUUUGUUUGCAAUAUUAUUAUAAACACGUAAAAAAAACGAAAAAAAAGAAGGGAGAGAAAAUAAAAAGUAUAUAAACGAUCGACGUUGGGUGGCCACCCAAACGGGGGGGUUGCAUACACAUAGACAUAGACAUAGUCAUAGUCAUAGACUCAUAGACAAACACUGAUUCAAAUAUAUAAUAAAAGUGUGGUAGUAGUAGUGGCGUGUCUGACCAUACAUCGCGAUGACUCCGUGUCACAGGAUUUUUAAUAAAUUGUUUUUUUUAAUUAUACACAUUUAAAUAGCUAAAAUUUAACAUUAUUAAAUUUAUUAUUUAAUAUAUAUAAAUUUAUAAUAAUCAAAUUGGUUCAAUCAAUACGUUAAAAAGACAUGCUUUGUAUCCUGUUGUGAUAUUAAUGGUGAAAUUAAAAAUUUAAAAAACAAUGACAAUAUUUUCUACGAUAAUUGUUAAACAAAUAAAUAAAUAAAUUUGUUUUUCCUUUUUUCUUCAAUUUGAAAGUGUAAAGUAAUAUAUUCUAAUAAAAAAAAAAAAAAAAAAAAUUACUCCGGAUUACAGUGUUUAUUGAAUUUUUAUUUUAAAUUCAAUAAAAAGUUUUUGUUUUUUUCCUUUUUUUUUUAUUAUCAAAAAUAGUGUUGUUUAUUUAUAUAUUUUGUGGUUGUUUUUUAUUAUUUUUUAUAAUUGGUUUUUUAAUUAGUGAAUUGUGUAUACAAAAAGAAAAAAAAAAAAGAAAAUUAUCGAAAAAUAAAAGCUAUUAAAAUGUCUUGGCAAUUUUUGAGAAAGUAAAAAAAUAUAUAAUAUAGUUAUAUUUAAAAGUGAUGUUCAAUACGAGUUGAAUACCAUUAUUAGAUAAAUAAACUUUGAAAAUAAAAUAAAAAUUUUCAAGUUAUGAAAAAAGUAAAUAAAAAAAAAAGUUAAAUAACGAAGAAAUAAAUAAAGUCAUACAUAAUAUAGAUAUUUAUUGGAAAAAAUAGGAGAGAGAAAGAGAGACAGAAAAGAGAAAGAGAGAAAAAUAAAAAAAAGAGUGAGGUCGAGGCCCGCCAAUCAAUACAACACAGUAGUAGUUCCUAUUCGCAAGCUCGACCGUUCACACUGGCUGCAAGCUCACCCAACAAGUUGUAAACCAUACUCACAACGUGGCAGCACCAUCAAAAUCAAGCUCUAUUAAACCGGCAAUAGUAAAAAAAUUAAAUAAAUAGAUAAAUAAAUAAAAUUAUACAUUUGCCAAUGAAAAAAUAUCAAUUAUUAAAAUAUUGAAAAAAUACAAAACAAUCAUUUACCAUUUAAAAUGACCAAAAGCUUUUGCCAGCUCACCAUCAUCAUAAUAAAAUAAACUUUUUUAAAUUGUUUAUUAAAAAUUAUAAAAUAUAAUAAAUAUUUAAUGAUAAUUUAUAUAUGCGCAAAGUUAUGAGAUUAAUAUUGUCAUAUUGCUGAUGCAGCAAACGCAAGGUGGCGUAGGUAACUCAAGUGGAUUAAAAAAAAUUAAUAAAAAAUAUAAAAAAAAGAAAAAAUAACUUGAUUAAUUAACAAAAAGCUUUUUAAUAUUCAUAAAUUAUAAAUAUUAAAAAAAAUUACAUAUAACAAGUAAAGAAAAAAUAAUAAAUUCUAGUGUGCUUAUUGAUAAGAAAAAGGAAUAAAUUAAUAGAAAUAAAUCAUUUAUUUUUCUUUCGAAAGAAAAAAGAAGAAAAAAGGGGGUGCAGGGAGCAUGCGGGGCUCGGGCGAGGCCCAGCUUGAUGGUCCCCAUUCUGGGCCAGGUUAAAAAUUACAUAUUAUAUUUAAAAAAUAUAACCAAGUGGUGGUGUUUUAUUGUUUGCUCUUACCCUUUCCCCACUUGCACCUGCACCUGUACCACGUUAUUUAUCAAUAAAAAACAUCAACAAAUUUUGAUUAAUAUGUUUUUAUUAUUUAAAUAAAAAAAAUAUUUUAAUCGAGCUUAAUAGCGAGCAAAGCUCGCUUACAAUCGGAUGGAUCAUGAUAGAGAUGUCAAGUGGACUUGGUGCAACAACAAUGGGUAUGGGAGUUAAUCACGGUACAUCUGGUGGUGGUGAAGGUGUCACUGAUGGUUGUCGUAUUAGAACAACAGUUCAAGGACAACAACAACAACAACAACAAUCACCAAUAAAUCAACAAUCACAAUCACAAACAUCAAAUCAACAAUUAGACGAACAAGAACAAUCAUCACAGGGUAUACAAUCACAACAAAAUAAAGAACAACAAGGACAACAACAACGACAAAAUGUUGGACAUGCUGGAAGAUCAAAAAAAGAUAAUUGCUGUCUUUGUUGGUGCUGUUGUUGCAGUUGCUCGUGGAACAAGUGUUUGGCAGCUGUUGGAACAAAUGGAAAUAAUUCUGGUGUUGGUGAACAGGGUAAAAAACGUGGUAAUAGUGGAGGAUUAGUGGGUACUGAUUUUAGUUCAGGUGGUCAUGGUGGUGAUUUUACAUCAACUGGUGGUAAUGAUAUUGAUGGUAUUGAUGGUGUUAUUGAGUGUUGUGGAUUAGAUGAAGUACGUUCAUGGGGUACAUCAUUUGAUAAAUUAAUGAAAAGUUCGGGUGGUAGAAAAAUAUUUCGUGAAUUUUUAAUAAGUGAAUAUAGCGAAGAAAAUAUUGCAUUUUGGCUUGCAUGUGAACAAUUAAAACGUGAAAAACAUCCAGAUAAAAUUGAAGAAAAAGCACGUUUUAUUUAUGAGGAUUACAUAUCUAUAUUAUCACCAAAAGAGGUGAGUCUUGAUUCUCGUGUACGUGAAAUAGUCAACAAAAAUAUGGUUGAACCAUCACCUCAUUCAUUUGAUGAGGCACAAUUACAAAUAUAUACAUUAAUGCAUCGUGACUCAUAUCCACGAUUUAUUAAUAGUGAAAUAUUUAGAAGAGUUGCAAGACUUGGUAGUGGACCACCUAGUCCAACAAAUCCGGAAUCAGAUCAUGGACCACCUGUUGGUAAAAUUAAAUCUAAACGAUCAAUAGCAUAAAUGACAAAAAAGUGAUUUAAAAAAAUACAUAUAUACAUAUAUAUUAUAUUUAUUAUUUUGUUUAUUUUUAAAUUAUUAUCAUUAUUCAUCAGUUAUUUAUUUAUUCAUUUACAUUAUAUUAUAUUAUAUAUGAAUCAAUUAAUUAAUUAAUUUUUAUAUCUGCAAUUUAACAAUGAAUUGUGUGUUAUAAAAAUUAAGUCUACGAGAGAGAAAGAAAGAUAAUUGAUCGAAUUUAUAUGCAGUAAAUAAUUAAUCGCCAAAGUAAAAAAAAAGAAAACACAUAAGCACAAUGUGUAGUAAUCAAUACGUAUAUAGACAAAAUAAUAAAAAAAAAAAAAACAGUAAUUAAAAUGAGAAGAAAAGAAAAAAGCAGUCUACUAUUGCAAUUUUCUCUUCUUCCGGCUUUAAUCAAUGUGCAUUUAUAGAUUUUACAAUUAUCUCAAGCUGAAAGUUAUUUAAACAUUUACCUGUGUCAUCAUCAUCAUCAUUAUUUAUUUUUUAUUAAUUUUUCAUUUCUCAAAUUUAUGGAAAUGAUAUUUCCUUGUACAAAUUAACAAACGGAAAUGAAUAUGAAAUUUUUAUUUAUUUAUUUUUUUAAAUUUUAAUAUUUUCAUUUAUUAUUUUCUCAUUCGUUUAAUCGAAUUUACGCGAUGACUAAUCGUAUUAAAAUAUUUAAAGCACAAUUGAAAAAAAAUUGUUAAAAAAAAAAUAGUCUCAUCGAGAUUAGAAAAAAUAAUAAUAAUAAUAACAUUGUAUUUCGUGCAAAAGGCCUAAAAACUCUCUUAUUUUUCGUAAUUGAAAAAUAAAUUAAAAAUAAUAUUGAAAAUUAAAAUGCUCGUUUGACACGUACACAUACUCAAAUAGUAGUGGAAAAUAAAAAAUAAAAUCUAGUCGUUAUUAUUGUGAAAUAACAAAAUUAAAAACAAAAAAAAAAAAAAAGCGUUAAAAAAUGUCAAAAAAACACGCAUUAAAAUAAUUAAUAACUAGUCAUAUACCAAAGAAAAAUAAAAUAUAUAAAAUAAUAAGUAUAACAACUAAAUUUAUUAUCAAUAAAAUAAACCAUUAACAUUUAGAAUGUUAAAUAAUUGGUUUUAAAAAAAUUAAAAUAAAUAAAUCAUGUCAUGUACUUACUUGUAAAACCAAAAAAACAGUUGGUUCUAUAAAUCGCUAGAAAUUUUAAUUUAAUAUUCAUAAAUAAAUAAACGUAUUAUUAUUAUUUAAAAAUUAAAAAAUAACAUUAAACACACUGAUAGUGAUAAAUUUCAUUAAAAUAAUAAAAUAAUUAUUAAUAAAAAUGAAUAAGUAAUUGUAAUUUAAAAAAUAAAAAUUUAAAUGGCUCGUGCAAUGAGUGCAACAUUAAUAUGCAGUUUAAGUCCAUGAAAUUUUAAAAAUGAAAUUAUAAAAUUGGCUACUGCCCUGUAGAUAAUAGCUAGGAUAAUAUAAUAACGCAAUCGUUAUCGAAAUGAUAAAUUAUUAAACUAAAAAAAAAAAUACUAAACAUUUGAAAUAAAUAAAUUUGAAAAAUGCGGUAAUAAUCAGUCUGUUUGAACGAAUUAACGCCUUUAAUGUCCAAAUACGCCAUUGUGCACAAAUAAAUUAAUGAAUAAUUUAAAAAAAAAAAAACAAAAUCGUUACACGAUUAUAUAUA